UAAAGAAGAAGGGCAGUUUUCAAGUUCACACGAUGGACAAAAAAAAUCAGAAAAGGGCAAAAGAAGAAAGAAAUCAACAAAGAAAGCUUCCCCACAACAUUACACUCAGCUAAGUGAAGAAGAAGAGCAGGAUUCAAGUGAAGGUGGUGGACAACAAACAUCACAAAGGGAAAAAAGAGGGAAAAGAAAAUUAACAAAGAAAGCUUAUCAUACACAACACAGUGAAGAAGAAGGGCAGUCUCCAGGUGAAGAAUCCGAAGGCGAUGAACAACCAACAAAAAGGAGCAAAAGAAAAAGGAAAUCAACAAAGAAAGCUUCCCCACAUUACACUCAAUUUAGUGAAGAAGGAGGACAGUUUUCAAAUGAAAGUGAUGAACAACAAACAUCAGAAAGGGAAAAAAGGAAAAGGAGAUCAACAAAGAAAGCUUCCACAGAGUGUCACACUCAACUAAGUGAAGAAGAAGAGCAGUUUUCAAGUGGAAAAUCACCAGAAAGGGGCAAAAGGAAAACAAAAAAAGAUUCCCCACAACAUUUACACCCAGCUAACUGAAGAAGAAUGGCAGGAUUCGGGUAAAGGAAGUGCGAAAGAGAGGCGCAAAAGAAAAAGAUACAAAAAGCACAAGCAAGAAGUAACGACAGAAGGCUUCUCCACAAAAAAGCAACACAUAGUGCAACAAAAGAGGUUAAAAGAUAAGCAAAAAGCAAAGGUAGGUAAGAAAGGGUUAAAGGGGAGUGGAUGUUCACAAAGUCAAGAAACAAGUGAUACCAUGGAGGAAAACUCUGAUAGUCAAGAUAGUGAAAAAGUCGCAAUGAAACACACAAGUUAUGUAAAGCAAAGAUCACCGAUAAGAGAGGGUGUAGUGAGUCCUUUGCAGAAAGUAACGAAGAAGGAAUUGUAAGUGGUGAGUUAAUGCAAAAGAAAGGGUUGCACAGAACAGAAGUGUUACGAAAAGAACGUAAAGGAGUUAAAGGUACCAAAGAGCAGUAUUCUAGUGAUAGUGACGAUCACUCUUCUGAGCAAACUGAAACAGAAUCAAAAGAAGACGAUACUUCUGAAAGUGAAGAAGAUAAUAGUGUAGCAGAAUCUCCCAAAUCAAAAGGAAAGACGAUACAAAAGCCAGAAAUAAGGCACUCAGAAAUAACAAAACAAAAAAUCUGCGAAGGAAGUAACCUGAAACCUGAAUCUGAUAGCAAAUUUGCAGAGAAAGUAGGUCAAAAAAGAAAGCGGUUUCAACAAAAAAUCUGCAAAGGAAGUAAACCUGAAUCUGAUAGCAAGUUUGCAAAAGUAGGUAAAAAAAGAAAGCGGUUUCAAACACGAGUGAAAUUGCCACAAACAAAAAUAGAAAGACCUACCCAAAGUGAGGCAAGGGGAAUAAUGGCAAUGGGUUCUCAUCAAAGUUCAACAGUAGAACAUGGGUCUGAUAUAAGCAGUAUGGAGCAAGAUACUCCUGUUAUGACCUAUAAGAGAGCUAGAGAACCUAGUGACGCCACUGCCCCUACAUCAUUCCCCAAUUUACCGGUGAGUCGGAAGAAAUCGUGGAAAAGAAAGAGAAGGAGGAGAGAGAGACUGGAGAGCACUUCUAGUUCCUCAGAUACUGACGACUCUUCGCCAGAGAGUGAUAUGAUGAGAAAAAUCUCUGAAUCGGAGACUAAAAAACUCAGAAAAGUGUUCAGAUGUUUCUUUGGCAAACUCUGCCAUGAAAUCAAAGAUCCAGUUAAAAUGGCAGCUGAGCUACAGGCCAAACGUCUGCUAUCACAAUCUACAAUGGAAGAAAUCUUAACAACUCCCGAUUCUCGGCAAGAAAAGGUAAUAAUAUUGGUUAGAUCUCUCCAAAGGAGGAUAAAGUCACGUCCCGACAGGAUCUUUGGAAUCGUCAAAUUUUUUAUGCGCAUUGAAGCCAUAGGCAAAGAAAUGUGGUUGGAAACUGGAAAAGUGUGCCCUGAGAGAGCAGCCUUCGUAUUUGGCACUGCACUACCUCCUACUGAGAGAGAACCGACUGUGGAAUCACUGGAAGGGAUAAAAGGAGAGGCAGUGCAGGGGACUCUAGGGAAAACCCACCUACCACAACCUUCGGUGGCCAUUGGUGUCGGUGAUAAUGUAGCAUUACCCACAGUAAGUCAGUCUCUGCCACAGUCUGGUAUAAGUCAAGCGUUGACAAAGUAUAAGCAGUACUUGCAGUCUUGUUACAAUGCUAGAGUCCUAGCUCCAGCAGACAAGUACCUUCCUACCCUAGAUGCCCCGUACAUUAAUCUUGCCAUGAUUAGAAGGGAGCACUGCAAUCCCAAGCAAAGAGAUGAGUUCACUAGACAAACACUGCAUGGAGGAGUAGACGAAAUUCUUCAGAGUAAGACACCCAUUAACAUUGAAGACCUGUUGACUCCAGAUGACAGUGGUAAUCCAGUCAGGUUCAUUCUGGUAGAAGGUCCUCCGGGAAUUGGUAAGAGUACAUUUGCCUGGGAGGCAUGUAGGAGAUGGGAUGAGAUAGAAAGCCUCCGAAACUACCACGUUGUGGUGCUGCUCAAGUUGAGGGAAAAGUGGGUCCUAAAUGCAGCAUCACUCUCAGAUCUUAUAAGGUAUCCAUCUCACCCUGACUUCAGUAAUAGUAUUGCUGAAGAACUGGUUAAAUUACAAGGGGAAAAGCUGCUAUUUGUUUUAGAUGGUUUUGACGAAGUUUCUCACAGUUUCCAUGAGAACUCUGUCAUAAAAAGCAUUCUAUGCAGGCAACUCUUGCCAGAAUGUACCAUCAUUCUCACUACUAGACCAUCUGCUAAGUCCAUACUAGAAAGUAUCUGCCAGCCUCGAGUUGAUAAACAUGUAGAAAUAAUAGGGUUCACAGAGGAAGAGAGAGUGAGGUAUAUCACUGAGGUCUUUAGCAAUGAACCAGAGCUUCAGGUGAAUUUCUUGAAGUACAUGUUUCAUGUCCCUCACGUAAAGUCAAUGAUGUACAUUCCACUCAACUGUGCCAUUAUAGCACAAGUCUAUUACGAGUCUCAGAGUAGCCGCCACCUCGCUAUACCAAAAACCAGAACACAGCUGUACAAGGCACUCACUCAUUCUCUUCUUGUUAGACACAUGAAAAUGAAGGAAAGCAAUUUUGAGUGUACGUCUAUGCUUCCUGAAGGGCUUAAUAUUGAAGAUAAGGAUAUGUUUAUGACUUUGGCAAAGUUUUGCUUUUGAUAGCUAUCAUUCCAGAUCAAGGAAGGUUACAUUUUUUAAAGAGGAUAUCCCCGAGGGAUUAGUUCAUUUUGGGUUCAUGAAUGAAUCAACUGAAAUGUACGCUGGCAAAGGAGUGGAGCAAACAUUCUCAUUUCUCCACCUCAGCCUGCAGGAGUACCUGGCAGCUUGGCACCUGGCUAGUAGCUACAGCAUUGAGUUUCAGGUGG